AGCUGAUGAGCAUGUUCCAGGCCGGCUCGGGCCGAUUCUGGAAUAACUACACGACGGAAAUGCUCCUCUACGUGGAAGAUGACAAGACCUGCUUCUGCCAGAGGGAGUGGGAGCAGCAGCUGCUGCAGGUAAGGGUCAGAGAAAUGGAGGGCUGGAAAGGAACUCAAGAGGUCAUCUAGUCCAGCCCCGCCAUGCUGAGGCAGGAUUAAGAGGCCUCUCAGCACCACUGCAUUGGGGGACAGAGGAAGCGGCUGAGUCCAGCAGAUACAAUUGGAGAAGCACCAGGGGCAGCUCACAAGGAUUCACAAGCAUUACGAGAGACAUGGGGGGUGACAGUGCACGCUCCCUCUUCCCCUCCCCUCCCAGCUGUGGUGGGUUCCUGGCUGGAGCUAUUGAGAGGACCAGUUUCUUGGCCCCUCUCGCUUCUAACUGGCUCUUCUUUCCCUGGCAGUUCCUGGAAGACCUUCUCUUCCUCAUCUCGGACCAUACCUGGCUGGGCUGUUUCAUCACCAGUAUCAGGCGCCAGCUGGCCCACAGCGAUAAGCGGCCCAGUGACAAGAGCUUUCUCUACAAGUGCUGGGGCACCGGGCUGAUGUUAUCUCCAGCAGAGAGCAUCAAGCCCCAGCUAUGGCGCCUGGUGGAGCUGGUCAAUUUCAGAGAAGAAGAGGAAAGGGAGGGAUUCGCCCGAGCGCUUGGGCUGUGUGCCAGGCAACAUCUCUAUGAGAUUUUUGCUAUCCUGGAGCACUGGGAAGAGGUCGUCAGCAGGGUGCAGCUCCAGCCUUCUGCUGCUGGCUCUCUGGAGGAGCCAGCUUCCAUCGAGCAGCUGAGAAGCCUCCUGCUCCUCACCUAUGGGCACGUGGUCCACUCAGGCCCCACAGACCUCAUCCUAGAGACCAUAGGAUACAAGAUCCUGUCUCCCAUGCAGAAACACUAUUUUCUGAGCCCACAUGACCCGCUGGUGAGGUCUGCGUUUGUGAGAAGCCUCGUGCUGGUGGGCGAAGCUGUCACCCAAGUGAGCAGGAUUCCCUUGGUGAGCCAGGACACAUACACCGUGCUGUCCCCCCUGCUGGAGAUCCUCAGAGGCAAGGACCGGGCCCGGCUGCAGAGCCCCAACCACAAGUGUGCCCUGCUGGCCAUCUCAUACAUAGGGAAAUUCCAGCCUCACCUGUCUAAGGAACAGGUGGCUGAGACCAUCAGCACUUGUGUCACCAGCUACAUGAUUCAGCGUCCAGCCCUAGUGAAGCUGAGAGGGACUCAGGUGGCAGAAAGCUCCGCUAUCCGGGCAGAGUCUCUCCAAGAACUGCCCUGGGAGGGCCUGGACCAUGUGCUGCAGACAUUCCUGGAACAGCACCUGACCCCCACCACGCUACUGCAUCUGUUUCUGCACUUGCAGCCAUGGAUCUGCUCCCCCCGGGCCCAGGAGAGGAGCCGAGCUGUGAAAGCCAGCGCCCGGCUCCUCAUGUUCUAUCGAUUCAAGGCCAUGACCGAGGACCUGAAACCCAUGGUGGAGCAGGGCUACAUGGCCGGGCUGCUGACAAGCCAGGCCUUCGAUGCUCAGAAGACCACCCGAUACUGGGCAUUUCAGGCUCUCUACUGGCUCUUCACGCCUUGCACAGCCGUCGUGUACAGCAAGACAGGGGCGUUGUUGACUGUGCUGAGCAAGACGCAGCAGGAUGCCAGCUGCAGAGAGAGCCCUGCCCAUGUUGCUAUGCUCAUCGCGGAACACCUGCAGUCCCGUGACCUCAUGCCCUUCAGCUUCACCCUGCUGGUGGGCCUGCUGGAGAAGGGGGAGUGUGCUGAGCAGCUGGCGGGCGUCAUGGAGGCGGUGCUGAGACAGCAAAAAUCAGAGCUACAGGGCCAAGUGCAGGAUCUCCAAGCCGCUCUUUCCUACACACUGAGCCCACCCCGGGGAGAGCGGCUGAGUGAUGGGACAAGAGACAUCCUCCACCUACUGGCCAGGCAGCACACCAAGACCGCAGUCAACAUCCUCCUGAAGAUGCCCUGGCCUUACAAACACCACAUCAAGGCCAUCUGGAGGUUCCUGGGUGCAGACCCCAUGCUGACCAGGGAGGUACUCCACAUCCUGCUGGACGACAGCCCGGAGAAGGGCUGGGCUAACCCUGGACAGACCCAGGACAGGAGCUGCCCCCAGCCAGACCGGCUGCCCCCGGCGACCACAUACGGCCUGUGGGAGCUGAUCGGGGCCUUGGGGCAAGGGGACACCCUGGAGGGACACGAGGACGACCUGUUCGCCUCUUGCUUCCUCGCCAUCGCCAGCCCCCCGGCACAACACCUCUUAGGAGUCCAGCAGGACUGGCCCAGUGACACCAGUCCACGCAGCAUGGCCGUGCAGGCCCUGGCGCGGGUGCUGCGCCUCAGGGGCAGUCAGCCAGCUGUGGAACUAAUGGACCAGGAGCAAGGCUGGCAGCUGCUGGAAGAGGCCCAGCCCGAGGGGUUCACUCUCCUUAGCAGAGCCAUAGUGAGCCACCCAAACCUGGCCCUGAAGAGCAUCCCACAGCUUCUCCUUCCCAGCCUGCAGGCCAGCCAGGAGGGUGAACGCAUGGCCUGCACUGCCCUGUUCGCAGAGUUCCUCGGCAGCCCCCUGCUGAUGGAGAAUGAGCCCAAGGCCAUGCGGAAGCAGGUGCUGAAGGCCAUGCUGCAGCAGACGCAGGACAGCAACAUCCACAUUCGUGGCAGAGCCCUGCAUGGCCUCAGGAACGCAGUGACCGCGUUCCCGGACAAGGUCAGGAAGAAGCAAGAACAGAUUCUGGCGAGCUUUGUCCACGGCGUAUGCCAAUCCUGCGACCCCUGCGCCAUUCUGGACGCGACGGAAGGGCUCUGCUGGAUGCUGCGGGACCCCAAGGCGCCUCUGAAGGCGCAUGUUGCCGUUCCGCUGGCCAUGCAGGCGAGAACAUUCUUUGAGGAUGAGAACAACAGCCUGAGGCGGGCCUCCAUCGAGCUCUUUGGCCAGCUCAGCAAGUUUGUUUCCAAGAGGUCAUCCCGCUUCGGGGCUGAGGUGGAGAAGAGCAUGGGGACACUGCUGAUCCACCUACAAGACGGGGACCCCCAGGUGGCCCAGGCGUGCAGGGUGGCAUUGCUGCACUGCGCACCCUUCCUGAGCUACCAGCCCCUGCGCACGCUCGUGCGGAGCCAGCUGGCCGAGGGAGCGGCCCCCGUCAUCCCCACCUUCCUGAGCGAAGCCUGCAGGACCCUGCUCCAGGACUGCCCAGGGAGGCUGAGCAAGAAGGCUGCCCUGAGAGCAGCAGCUGCCCAACAGCUGAUCGCAGCUGGGAUGACCUCCCAACUCCAGGGGAAGAAGUGGCUAAUUAUUGUCUCUCCACCACCACAAAAUGUUGCAACUGCUACAAAAUAAAGGGAGUUUCACACCUCUGAACAGGGACUGGGAAUUGCUUACAAAUUAGUGUCUGGAAUCCAGAGGCGAUACCCUAGCAGAUAAAUUAAAGGGUAAGUCAAACACAUUGGUCAUUUGUGAGUGUCCUAAACAGAGAUCAAACUUUCAGGUUUACUAUCUUCUCCCACCACCUCUAAUUCUGUUUUUAUUAAAGGAGUGAUUUCCUCAGAUGCAUCUUCCUCCCUUCCCUCUGGAGAGUGUUUGUCAAAAUCUCAUUGUGUAUGAUCAAGAAGGAAGAAGAAUCUGUACACAAUGAUUAGCCCUGAUAUUUUAAUGGAAAUACUGCACUACAGUCAAGUUUACAACAUUUGUAUAGAAAUCAUCACAUGGAUAGGUGGCCAAGGAUCACAUUACAGAAUUCAAAAAGCAAUUUAAAAGUAAAAAGAAAUCUUUGCUAUUGCACAGGCUGGGAUCAGAGCUUGGAGCUCAGAAGUCAGACAUCGGGAGGAAUGAAAGCUGUAGGUGAAAACCCUGCUGCAGGAGGAGAUCUCCUUGUUUUAUUGGGGUUUUUUCCUGGGUACCUUGAACAACAGGAAUCCCGCCAUGUUAACCCCAUUCCGCUUAAACAACAUGCAGGCACAGAUUCUUGGACAGAACACCCACAAAGCAGCAGCAGCUGUUACUUCCAAGCUGGUAAAGUCUAAAUUAUCCAGACUUCCACUUCCAGAUCAGCUUUAACAUACAUUGAAAAGAAACACCUGAGGGUUGGGUGAGGCGCAGGGGAGUGUCAGUAAAACCUUUGAAAUGGAAGAGGACACAAUAAAACCCCCUUCCUGGAACAGAGUUCAGAAGAGGACUUGGAAAAGCAGCAAAGCUGCAUUCACAGCUCUCCAGCUGAGACAACGGAAGCUGUUCGGGCACAACUGGCAGCAUUGUUUUGUGCAAGGAAAAGAUGCCUCCUUUGAGGAGGAGAGACAGUGCAGUUGGGUCUGUCGUGGCUUACGAGGUCCAUGCCAACUUGUCUGAAAACCAAAAUCUUCCAAUGCUUAAAUAUAUGCCAGAACUAAACUUCUAUGCUUAAAAAUAUAUAUAUAUAUCCCUUUGUGGAUUUCACUAGUGAAAUGCGUCACACAGCCUACCCGCCUUGCCCCCCACACACACACACACUAAUGAAAUACUGGUUUGGUACUUAGGAUGUUUUCUCCAAUACUGAGAGGGAAAAUACAUAAGCACAAUCAACCCCAGCUAGGUAGCUCAGCAACACUUCCCAAAAGCGAAGGUUCUCUGAGCUGGAAGACCAGGUGGAUAAAAAUUACCCACCCAAAAAAAUAAUUAAAAAAAUUAAAAGUUAUAUAAUAUAUAUUUAUAUAUCUUAACAGGCUGCUUAGAACAUGGUCAUGUUCACCACAAAACACACACAUUGCUUCCGCCUUCUCCCCUCAGAUUGUGAAGCCAAUAAUAAAAUGGUCAAAUGUCCCCUCUCCGCACUGCAAACUGCAUGCUGCAUGGUGCCUUUCAGAACAGGAACAGGGCCGUGGGUGAGCGAGUGUCUUCCUCAAUAAGAACCAAGACGUAUUUUUAUUUACAAAAAAGAGAAAAGUUUCCCCACAAAAACACUACAAUGAUAACUCCCUUUGGUAAAAAGUGUAAUAAAUGGCUCCAUAGGUCUGUUUGUAGGUACUAA